AUGAUUAAUGCCCAAGGCAGCACAUACAACUCAAACAUCACACUCCGCUUCUUCCCAGAAAGCCAAGUCGGGAAAUGCGGCUACAGCAACUCCAGCGACGCUCUCACAUUUACCACCGAGAGCAUACCUCUCAAAGGAAUAGGUCACUGCUUCGACCUCGUUGAUAUCUUCGAGGGCAACUCCUCGCAAGGCUUCGUGAAUCAAACCGGAAACCUCGGUUAUGGAAGUGGAUACACCGGCGAGCCUGGCCAAGCAGGUAUUCACUGGCAAGUGGAGAAUAUGGAUAACUUCGACGCCCAGACGAACUACUCCAGCGUUCUGUAUCACCAGCACAAUCCUGACACCAACGACAAAGAGAACGCGCCAGGGACUUAUGCUGCAAGGGCGCUGUUUUUGUAUCCAGGGCAAGGUUGCGAAGAUACUCCAUCGCCGAGUAGUCAACCGCUUUCUUGGUACGGAUUGAGUUGCUGGACAGAGCCGGAGGGCACUUGUGGCACUCUUCCAUACAAGAUCGCUAGUUUUAGCAUACAGGCCACAGACGAGGGAGACGAGAAACAUGGCAAGUGCUGGGCUUUUGCAGAGAUGGGUGGCGCGGCUGGACUACAUGUUAGCUUCCAUGCCAUGGUGUCUUUGAUCGUUGGUACGCUCGUAGCAACGUGGAUUGUUGUGUAG